AUGGCAGAAUUAAAAUCUUUGAAUGUGAAAAGGGGCGCUUUGAAAAGGCAGUUGAAAUCCUUUAUUGACUUUGUAGAUCGAACAAGUGUAACUGAAACAGAACUAAAUGAAAGAUGCGAAAGAAUAACGAUCGUGUGGGAAAAAUUUGAAAACUCAAGUGUGGAAAUAGAAUGUUUGUUGGAAACUGAAGAAGCUGUACAGAAACAUAUAGAAAGUUUUGAAGGUUAUGAGAAGAUUUAUUACGAAGUCAUGUCGAGAGCAAAACAAAUGUUGAAGGAAUUUGCAAUUCAAGAACAGAUGAAUAAUACAAUUCAAGCUCCAGCCACCAGUGUCAAAGUAAAACUACCUACCAUUUCUAUUCAUCCAUUUUCUGGAGAAUAUGAUCAAUGGCUUUCUUUCAAAGAUUCAUAUGUAAAAUCAGUUCAUAAUCAACAGGAUAUCCCGAAAGUACAAAAGUUUCAAAUUCUCAAAGGUCUACUGAAAGGCGACGCUUUAAAUAUAAUAUCAUCGUUAGAAGCAACAAAUGAUAACUACGAUGAAGCAUGGAAGCUACUUCAAAGGCGUUACUCCAACAAUCAUAUUAUCAUAAACACUCAUCUCAAGGGUCUGUUCGAUCUUCCAGUUGUAUCAAAAGUAAAUCCAGGUGUUCUCAGGAAUGUUAUUGACAAAACGAGAACUCAUUUGCGUUCGCUCAAGACACUGGGUGAACCUACAGACAACUGGGACACCAUCAUUAUUUAUCUGAUUAAUAACAAGCUUGAUCGACAGCUAAGAGACGAAUGGGAAAAAGAAGUUGAUUAUGAAAAAGAAGCACAACAGCCAACAUUGGACAAGUUUAUGAAGUUUUUGGAGAAAAGAUGCAUGAUGAUGGAGAUAUCAGAUCGUGGCAAAUCCGCAGAAAUUACACUGAAAUCAACUACGUCAUGA